UUUUCUCACUCAAGACGUCGUACAGAAUGUUAUUAUUGAAAAACUGUUCGCCAGUAGAACUGGAACCCAAAUUCGUUGUCUCUGUAAUGUUUAUUGUCUGACAUUCAUCCUCAGGAGCUUUUUGCUUAGUAGACGCUGCUGUUCCAUCGUCUGCUUUCUGCUUCUCUUUACCUUGCCUAAUUCCAGACGUUGAUCGUUUCCGUUUAGUUUUUUUAAUCGACUUUUUAGGUUCCCUCUCUUCUAGGGAAACUGUUUCGUUGUCCAAAUUAUGUAUCACGCUAUCCAUUUUAAAAUAUCAGGCAAAUUAACAUCAGAAAACACUCCGUCAAUUACUGCAAGGUUCUGCCCAAAUAACACACAAUAUUUUUUUUUUACAUUUGGCCGUAACAAAUUUAGGAUUCACCUAGGAAGCAGUUUAUGAUUUCAGAAAUCACAAAUUCCAAAUCUCUCGACGUCUAAAUUCCGAAAAUCUGAAAACAACGUACCGCUGCUGUGUGUGUGUGUCCCAAACUUCUAAGCAAACAAUAUUAUGUGUAGUAGCAAUCACUGUCAAAAGCUGGGUCUAUUUAAGUAUGCUUAAGCUAGGUUUAAUGAUGAAACAAUUCCUGAACCAUCGCAGGCGUAAUAAGCGACCUUUGACCCUUCUAAAAAAAAUUGCUCUACACACGGUACAUGUUAAUAGGCGUUGGCGAACCUGAGGAAGGCGUGGCUUUCUGUUUGCACACACCCCCACCCAACCAGUUGUACACGUGCUAGGUGAGUGUUAUGUUUAGGGUAGUUCUUUAGUUGAUGCUAAAAAGGCGAUUGACACGCGUAGCGAUUUAAAGUACAGUUGAAUUGAUUUAACAAAGGUUCAGGUGCCAAGAAACAUUUAUUUUGAUUCUGGAAUAAACGAAAUGUUGGAUAGAACACACCAUUGCUGUAUUUAAAGAUUUCGAACAAAAUUACAACUAAGAAAUGGAAGCAACGGCAACGACUGCCCGAAAAAUUCAUCCGGUCUUGCAGAAAAUGAUUCAUAGUGGAUGCCAGAAUCAACAAAAAAUUGCAGUAGCUUUUCAGGUUUAUAUGGAGCUGUGUGAAGUGGAAAAGCUGUGGAACGUUCGUCAUCAUUACAACGAAUUACACGAUUUUUUCUAUCUGACUGGCAAACAUUCUGCAUCCUCUGAAAGGGACGAAAUAUUUAUCCCAUUGUCAAUCACAUCAGACAUCUCCCCAGCAUGGGUUGAAAAUAUUCAAAACGAAGUGUGCUGUAACACCUCACCAAAAAGCAUAACAUUAGCAAUAAAGGAACAAGAUUCUACAAUUGUCUAUUAUAAUGUGGAAAGAGAACUAGCCAGCCCAGAUUCCCCAGAAACAACACAAAAGAGAAAGAAGAAACAAGAGACACGCAAUUUGAUUGAAUCAGAACUGCAUCGACAACGAUUAGACAUUUAUGAGUCAGCACUUAAUAAAUAGAUUGGUACAGUUGUGCUAAAUACUAUGUGGAAAUUAACAGAAACAUUCCUUGGUUAUACCUAUUACAAUUUUGUUUUACAUGCCAAAAGUAGAAUAAGGACCAUUGCUCUGACUGAAUUUUUUUGACAAGAUCUGAAAGAAAGUAAUCUCCUCUUAAAGUAUAUUUAUUGUACCUCUCAUCAUAGUGUUGAAAUGCAUAUCUUGGAAACAAACUUGUUUUGUGCAAAAAAUUGUUCAUAUGUAUAUAAACAGUGGAUGUAUCUUGGACUGCUGAAAUCUUGUUUUGCAUGUAUAUAGUCUGUGAGACAGAAAGUACAAUUGUUGUGCAGCAGCUUUUUUAGAUUAACAAAUGACAGUGUCUGUAAUUAUGACAAAUAUGACUGAAAUAUGAGUGAAAUAUAUGCAUGCAUCUUAUCUUU